AUGAUGUCACGAGUUGCAUUCUUGACACAAAUGCCUUAUUUGGCAAACGUGAAUCAGGGUGCUCUAGAUAUCAGUAUUGGACCAGUGAACGAAAACGAUUCUUCAAUUUCUAUUCUUCAUUGCAGGAGUACAUCAUGGUACGAUUUGGACACCAGAAUUAUGCGAGGGUUUGUGACAUUGAAGCCCAACUCGUUCCCUCCAGAAGUUGCCAUUCUCAGCACAAGCAAUGAAGGAUUAAAUAUGAUCGAGUUGGGUACACUGAAACAUCACGUUUUGACACUCAAUAUUUCCUACAUGCAAGUUCACCCAACUAUGGACAGCGCCAUUCUGCCGUUAGGAGCUACACGGCGAUUCCGGAGAGUUGGUGCACUGCUUGAAAUGACUGUAGCAAAGCUAUUCUCAAAUAAUAAGGUGAGCCAGAGACAACAGAUCCAAUUUCUGCAUGCAAGUCUUAGCAUUAUGCAAGAUAGGGACAGAGAGGAGCGAUCAGGAGAUUCCGCUGGCAAGCGGGCAGGAGCAAGCACUUUAGUACCGCAUACAAGCGAGAUGCUACAUGAAUCGUAA